UAAAACCACGAGAAGCAUGGCUUCGAUUUUACGCUCUUCGAAAUUCGUCCGAUAUAUCGCCGGUUUUGCAAGAAACGUAGUGUUGAACACUCCUCGAGAGUUCGAUGGGAACCUCGUCAACACCACACAAUGUCUUUGCGGCGCAAUUCCGCGCUCUUUCGCGUCGCAAAUACCGGCACAACACGACCAAAACCUCGAAAGUAGCCUCAGAAGACUCGACCAAGACGUGAGGAAAGUUGGGAGAAUCUCUCGGCGUGAUAUUGAAGAUGUUCUAGAUGAGAUCAGAAGCAGUAGAUCAGCCACCAGCUCCCAGUCACUUCUCGUAAUAAGAUGCUGCGGAAAUCUAGUCCCGGAGGAACUCCCGGAAGUGCGCACCAAACUCGUCCAGGAGAUUUGGACCACUCUAAACAAGUUAAAUGUCCCCAUGGACAUUUCACAUUACAACGCGCUUUUGAGAGUGUAUUUGGAAAAUGAGCACCAAUUUUCACCUACGGAAUUUUUGGCCGACUUGGAAAGUAAGGGGAUUGAGCCAAAUCGCGUCACUUAUCAACGAUUAAUCGCAAGGUAUUGCCAAGUGGGGGAUAUUGAAGGGGCGACCAAGAUCCUUGAAUUUAUGAAAGAGAAACAACUUCCAGUCAACGAAAAUGUCUUCAAUGCGCUUAUCGUGGGUCACUCGCAGAGUGGAGAUAUGGACUCAGCUCAGGGCAUUUUGGGGGUAAUGACGCAGGCCGGCCUUGAGCCCAGUGCAGACACAUACACCACUCUUUUAUGCGGUUACGGCAAAAAGGGUGACAUCGACGCAAUCAACAAACUGUUUGAAGAGUGCGAAAGCAAAGAAAUCUAUCUCUUGGAUAAAGAUUAUCUUGAUAUUGUGUACGCUUUGGCCACCAAUGGCCACAGCGAACACAUACCUCAAAUCUUGAGUAAAGUCAGACGUGCAAUGGGUUAUAACCAAGAUGCUAUUAAUUUAAUUUUGCGUCUGAUUAACAAAGAACAUGAAGAUGCCGCUUUCCUUGUUCUUGGAACCAUAGUAAGAUCAACAAUUCCUGAUGGGACACUUAGUCCUGUGGGUAAUUUCUUUGUAAAACAAUUGGUCAAGGCGAACCGACCGUUUGAAAAAAUUAUCGAAAUGUGCAAUAAAUUGGAAAGUAGUGGAUUGUACACACGUGGGUUGUCACUCGCCGCUGAAACAAGUCUAGAAUUGGGAAACGAUGCACUCGCUUAUCCUCUAUUAACCGAAUUGAGUAAAAAAGACAUUCCCGUUAGGCAACACUAUUUCUGGCCUUUAAUAGUCGCGAAAAGUAAAGAUCCGUCUGGACAAGGAAUACUCGAAGUUCUUCUAUCAAUGCAGAAAUUUAACAUUACUCCAAACAGCGAAACAUUAAGAGAGUACGUAAUUCCGAAUUUGAAAGGACCGAGUAGUGAAAUUUUGUCCAUUUUGCGGUCGGCAAAUGUGUCAUUAGGGAUGUCAGGGGCUUGUCUCGUUCAUCAUUUAUUAAAUAAAAGUGACAUAAAAGAAGCCGCGAUUAUUUCAACGCAAGUUUCGGCUUUCUACAAUCCGGAUUUAUUGAAACGUCCCUUGACUAGUGCUUUCUACAAAAACAAAGAUUUGGAGAGUUAUAUAAGAUUGGUUCGGAACAUUUAUGACAAUUUAGACCGUCUUAAACGUACCGAAGAGGAAGAAUCGACUCAAACAGUUAAUAAAACCGAAGUUGUGGGUAACUUAAUUUUAGAUUUAGCCGGGAAUCGAGAAUUUUUCAACGUUAUUGAGGACGUCCUUAAAGGUUUGAUUUCUGAAGGCUUGAGUAUUUCCACGACGGCGGCUGAGAAACUUCAGGAAAAACUUGGCGAGAAAAUGACCGAGGAAAUUUCCAGUCUUCUUGGAAAAUUGACUUCUGGUCACUUGAUCCCAGUUCCUGUCCCGAAAAAACUUCCAUCUUAUACCCCAUCGCAUCAGAUGAAUGUGGAGCAACUGGAACGUCUCAUUCAUAAUCUGGAGGCUAAAAAUCAAGAUACUAAAGGUUUGAAACGACAGUUGUUAACUUUGUAUUACAGAGAGAAAGAUUUGGAAAAGACCGAGUCACUUUUGGCCGAAUUAGAAAAAACCGAUUUCGUGUAUUCACCGGGGAUUUAUGCCCAACUUGCCGACUUGUACGCCCAUCAUGACAAGUUAGACAAGGCCAUGGAAUAUUAUAAUAAAUUGAAAGAUACAGAAGGUAACAACUUUAAGAUGGAUGAAACUAAAAUCGUGUCGAUUGCCCACCUAUUGGUCAGGAAUGGCAAACUCGAUCAAGCGAUUGAAAUUAUCGAAAAUACCCCACGUGACCCUCCUAGGGAAGAACGGACUUACAACUACUCGGCCCAAGUGUGGCGAUUGUUGAAUUCGUUAGCUGAUGAAGGUCGAGUCGAUGAUGUGAACAAGCUUUUCGACACUUUGGUCAAAAACGACUUUGUCGAAGUAAAUAAUAUCAUUUUGGGGCCUCUAGUGAAGGUUCAUUUGGUCAAUAAGGAUAUAGACAAGGCCAUGGAAAAAUUCGAAUGGUGUGUUAACCAAUUCCGGGCAACACCCUGGAAAAACGAGUUGGCUUGCCAACUAAUCCAGAGAGAAGACGCUGAGAAGUUGCAAAAAUUGACCGAUUUGUCGACCUCCAUCCACGGUGAAAUUAACAGUCUUUACGAUUUGGUGUUCGCUUUUGUCGAGUGUGGACGAGUGAGACAAGCCCGAAAAAUUUUAGAAACUCCAGGUCUCCAAACCCGUCCCCAAAGAAUCAACAAUAGGUGCGAAAGAUACCGACAGGAAGGGCAAGUUAAGCCUCUUGAAAGUUUGAAAGACGCCACCAAAGACCUGGAUCAUAUUAAUAGGAGCGACAUUUAUUACCAAUUAUUGUUGAGUUAUAUCAAGCAAGAGGAAGUGGAAAAGGCUCUAGGGCUUUGGACGCAAAUGCAAGAAGAGGAUUUGUUACCGACUGACGAGUUUUUGAUAAGUUUAGGGAAAUUUUUACAAGACAAAGGCGUAUCAGUACCGUUUCAAAUUCCGAAAUCAGUCACCCCACAUGUGGUGCCAGAAAAGUCACAAAUUCAAUUGUUUCGCCGGAAAUUAAAAGAAGGAGACGUACAAGCAGCCUUGCAAUAUUAUAAUCCCACCGACCUCAGUUUUACAGUCACUGAUACGUCCAUACUUAUCGAAAAGUUGAUUCAAAAUGACCGAAUUGGUGAAGCGACGAAAGUGACGUUGCAUUUAUUGGAUACAGGGGCAACUCCGCUUGCUCGAGUUUUCAAAUUUUUGUUAAAUAAGUUAGCAAAUGUGGGAGAUUUGGACUCCCUCGCGAUCAUAGAUAAAAAAGUAUCACAAGACGUUAAGAAAACAAUUUCUUUUGAUAAUCGGGUGUGCCAUGCGAAUUUAAUAGCCGGAAAAGCCCCACAGUACUUGGAUGAAUUAGAAAAAGAAAUCGACAAUGCCAAAAAUGAGGACUUGCAGAUGAUUGAAGAGAAGUUUCCCCGAGGAGGUGCUUACGGUAUUUUAGAACGUCAUCCCGAAUUGUUGGAAAAAUAUGAAAAUCUCGCAGUUAAGUAUGCCCAAAAGGGCAUAGUGGCGCCAAUGAAUGUUCUCUGGACCAACUACUUUAUUAUAGGGAAUGAACCGAAAGCGGAACAGAUUUGGAAUACUUAUCUCAAAGACGCCCCCAGGAUCAUGUUCCAAAGGAUAGUGCAUGCAGCCCGCGAGAUGCAAGACGAAAAUCUCAUCAAAAAAUUAAUCAAACAUUUGAAAAAUAGUAACGUGACUGAAGGAGCCAUCGGCAACGCUUAUAGUUGUUUACUUGAUGUUUUGGUUGUGAAAAACAACACUGAAGAAAUCGUUUUGGCGUUCGAAGUUGCCUUGAAAGACGCUGGUUUACAUCACCUAAACCGAACUGCGAUAGUUCGAGUCAAGGAAGUGUAUGAAAAAUUAGGUAAGCCUUUCGAUUACACAAUUCCGCCAAAAAACCCUCGAAUGGCCACGAGUACGUCAUCCGGUGAAGAAGACGCAAAAAAGUAGUUCAAUUCCAAUUAUAAUUUAUAUUAAAUUGUUUUUUUUUUUUAAUAAAAAGUGUAGUUGUA